AUGUGGAGGACAAAUUGGGAAGAAACCCAGAUCAUAAAAAUCCCUAAAUUUGACCCACCUGUUACCUCAACGACGGCGAGUAGUGGUAGCACAACAGCUCUGUUGCUUCCGUCUUCCCAAUACAGCGGUGAUCGAAGAGGAAAGAAGGAGCAAGGAUUGGGGUUUGUUUGGGUUGCUCAGAUCAACAGAAAAGAAAAAGAGAUGGGGGUGAGGCUGGAAUGGUUCUAUGGUGGGCGGAUAUGUAGCGGUUCACGGUGGAGUUUGGUGGUCGAAUAG